UCAUCAGAUCUGUCCUCCGACUUAUAAACGACCUUUAUCAUCAUCCUCGGUCUUUUCAGACCUCAUUUUCUCCCGAGGAUAAAGAACCAAUUGACACGACCAAAAGGAACGCAUCUCUUUUCAGGAACAGCACACUUCAUAUAUCUUCUUUUUACCUCGAUACCUUUUACGACUCCCUCCCGCUUUUCGAUCCACCUUCCAUCAUCUCCACCUUGUACAUUUUUCUUUUUCUCAUAACGCGCCAUGGGUAACUUUCUCUCCCAGUUCAACGAACUCAUCAACAAGGAUGGUGACUCCAAAGUUCCUGAUGUCCAACUUGACUUUGAAGAUUCCUCUAUGACCGAGGAGGAUCUCGAGUCAUACUCCAACGUUCUGCACAUGUUGGAACCAACAGCUGACCUCCUCGAGUUACUUCGAACGUACGAGGGCUGUGGGGAAUAUAUCCGUCAGGCAAUUGGAUCGCCUGGCCCCGAAUCAGAAGCGGAGGCAUGGAGCCAUGUGCGACCCGCUGUUGCCAAGCUCAAGAUGUUUUACAAGUACUCUACCUCCAUUGAAACGUACCUCCCACAAAUCCUCCAGACGCUUUGCAUUGGCGACGUGAACAAAAACUUGGAGCGGCAUCAGGCGCUGGCCCGGAUUUUGUGUCAGUUGCUCGAUUUUGUCUUUGAAUUUGAUUCGCUCAAGAUGAAGACUCCUCAGAUCCAGAACGACUUUUCAUAUUACCGACGCUGCCUCUCUCGCGGAAAACUGUCGAACGAGGUUGACCUGAAGUCAGCGAUGAACGAGGACGAGUUGGCGAACCAUGUGUCGAUGUUCUAUGCAUACCCAACGCCGAUGCUCAAGACGGUGACAGAGGUGACGACGCAGUUUGUCGCGAAACAUCGCGUGGGCAGAAGCGUGUCCGAGUGUCUUUCGACUCUGGCGGGUGUAUGCUACCAUUCCGUGAGCAAUAACAAGAAGAAGCUACAGAGACCCGAGACGACGGCGUUCUGCUUGCGGGUGAUGGUCAUCUCGAUUAUCAUUUAUGACCACAUCGAUGCACAGGGUGCUUUUGCCAAGAGCUCACCCAUCAACAUUAAGAACUCUGUCAAGGCGAUCCAGACGUAUGGCAAUGCAAACGACACACCUGAUCUCCUUUCGGCGCUGAGGUACAACACCAAGCACUUGAACGAUGCGAGUACUUCCAAGACUAUCAAGGCUUUAUUGACCGGCUCUGGAUAGAGGAGAAAGGGGAAUGGGACGACGGAGGUGGAUGCUACCUGGUCGGGCUUGUGGGUCCCACUACGGUUUGCAAUUAGGGUCAUAGCUGGUUUUUUUUUUGUGUGUGUGCGUUUUAUGUCUUCUUGCGUUCUUGUUGUCAUUCUCUACGUCCUAUAUCCAACAUUCUCCUCUUCCUCCUCACUUGCGGUUUAAAAAAACAAAAACUCUCUCCCCCAUCCCAUCAAAUACCAUAAUACUUUCAAUCAUAUCAUGUCUUUUUAUUUUAUUACUACCUCUCUUUUUCAUUUUCUGUCGUGCCAUCCGCUCCCGGCAACCGCAAAUUUCAUCCUCUUGCGCUCGUACCUUUGCUUGCCUUUUUCAUUUUUU